AUGGAAACUGCGGAGCCUUUCAGAAAUUUCUCUCCAAAGGAAUUUUUGAAAAAUCGCUUCUCCCCAUUGGUUGUAACUUUUGUUGACCCAGAUGCAGAUAAGAUUAUUAAGAAUGCAGGAUUUUCAUUUGUAGAUCUUACUGCAGCAAUUGGUGCACAGCUUCCAAAUCCUAUCAGAAUUGUUCCUGCAGAAAGGGUGAUGACCUGGCGUCAAGAAGACUUCCUAGCUAAAGUCGUUCAAGAUACAACCGCAUAUGGCAAGUGUUUUACAGAGAAAGAGUUCGAAGACAAGGAUGAAGUUAAGCUAGAGUUUUCACCAGAUUACGGUGUUCUCAAAAAUAAGAUUUAUUUCCCUUCAUUUGAAUCGGCAUUCCCUCCAUGGUACAAGCGCAUGCUAUUUAACUUGUGUGCAUCCAUUAGAUAUUCAGAAUUCGAAUUCUACGACUUACCACAAACGAUAUUAUACGUGAUUUCCCCAGGAUUAGCUGCGAUGUCUGCAGAAGAGCUUAGAAGGCUUAUCAGCUUCCCAGAAUGGAUGAAAGAAUUCUUAACAACAAUUCCAAUCGUUAAAGUUGUCGUUUAUGAUACCUUGAUUAGUCGUGAAAUUCCAAAAGAAUUAACUUCAGGAAGAGGUUCCUUCGAAGAGGUCAUUGGAUUCCCAUUCAGAACGAGAACAAAUAAAUCGCCAGAUGGACCUGAUAUGAUUACAGCUCGAAAUCUUUUCAGAUAUGACGGACAUAUUUUAAAUGAUCCGAGAUUCUGUAAUAAUUUGACAGAUACGGACUUCGCAAACGCUAAAUCUGCCGUCCAGAAGAUUUAUGAGAACGUAGAAAGGUACAUAAAGCGUACAAUUUCAGCAAGAAUGUUCGAAAUUGAAGAAAACAAUAAAUUCUCAAAUUCUGUUAAGAAUUUCUUCAAAUCUAAGAACGCAGCACCAGAAAGAGUCACAAGAGUCCUUCAAAUCCCUUGGAAGAAAAUUAUUUAUUCUCAACUUGCAGCAUUAUUCUUUAUUACAGGCAAAUACGCAGAUGCUCAAAAGAACUACGAUCUCUUCAUCAAAAAUCUCGAUAAUCUUCCUGUUUUACGCGCAAAUGCUCAUUUUAUGAUUGCGCUUUCACAUUUAGUUCUUCCUCUUCAAGGAACUCAACAUUUCAAGCGAGAUAUAUCCGAACUAUUACAUUACAUCGGCUCUACAAACAACUUAAGAUUAAUUUUAUAUUUCCCCUUGAUUUGUACCGAGAUCCAUGCUGCUCUUGGUGAAGAAGAGCUUGCUCUAACCCUCAUCAAGAAGUCCUACGACAUAAUUCGUAAGCUUUGGCAAGGAACAUCGCCAAAUAAGAUUCUUGUCUUAGCUCUGAUCCACGAACGCUAUGCCGGACUCACCAGGAACGACCACAAGUCAUGGAGCCUCACAUCCAACGCCUUAGCUCUUUAUAAACAAUGUAAUCAGUUCGGACAUGCGCUAAGAUGUGCAAUUUGGCUCAUGAAAGUACUUCCGAAAGAGUCAUGGCCACUUAUGUACCAAACCGUUUGGCUCGACAAAACCGUUUCUCUAUUCAAUCUCGGUCAAGGCGCGAGAUCUUUAGGGGAAUGCAAGGAAUUGCUUUCCCUCCGCAACCUUCAGCCAUGGCUUCACGAGAAGACCAUUUCCCAGUUCUUUGCUCCUUACAACGACCCUUCAAUGUCAAAAAGUAUCUUAAAUAUCCAUAUUAACCCAUUAGUUGAGGUCAAAAAGCUCCGUAUGAUUGAUCCCAGCACCCCAGAGUUCUUCGGUUUCGACACAACUACCUUCGACGACCUUGAAAAAGAUGUCGAUGACUGGCAUAUGGUCAGAAUCGACCGUAGCUACACUAAAUCGAUCGACAAUUGGGAUAUGGCUGUUCCUACCAAGUCGAAGAAGAUGAUUGGCAUAGGCCAACAGGUGUAUUUCGUAAUUACAUUGUAUAAUCGUUACAAAUUCACCGUCCACCUCGACCAUUCCGUUCUGGUUCCAGAGUACCAAGGCGACGCCACCGAAAACAUCUUCGAUAUCGACGAAGUAAACAAUAAAGAUAUCCGAGCUUAUAAUUCAAGCGACAUCAAGUACGGAUUCACUCCACACGCGGAGGGAUCGUUCAAAAUAGCCAAGUUCUCGAAGAAUUACUGGGGAUACGUUGAAACAGAGAUCGAAUGCGGUCCAAUUACUUUCAACGUCAUCCACGAUUAUCCAACAGUUAAUUUAACCAUCGAGGACUUACCAGAGAACGUCAUCGCGUGGCAGUGCAUCAAAUUCAACGCUUGCGUCGAGAACAAAGGCAAAACACUCAUAAAAUACUUUUCAAUUGCUUUUGAUCACCCCCAUUCAAUUACUUAUGAAGGGGGAACCGACCAAAUAGGGGAAUCCUCAGUAAUUACGAUAAAUCAAGAGAUCGAGCCCGGCCAAACCUGCAGAGUUCCAUUGAUUUUCAGAGCUACGAAACUGAAUUUGAACGAAUUCCAUUUCAUUGUCAGUAUAAUGAACCACAAAUGCGCAUUUGCACUUGCAAAAGUGAAUGUUUCUCCUGCAGCGAAGAUAGAAGCGACCGCCUUCAAGCGCCAGAACGAUUCAGGUGGACACGCAAUACAAAUGACAAUAACUCCUUUGAUUGAUGGAUUUAAAUUGUAUGGUUUCAUGUCAAAGAACGGAAAACUUGUCAAAACAUUGGCGAUCAACAAAGAACAGUUGAAAGCAAAUGUUCCUGAAUCAGUUGUCUGUUUCCCUGCAGAUGAGUUGGACGAAGAAGUUGAAAAAUGGAGAGUGGAAAUGAUGGGAAAUUCUCCUUUGGCGGUUUUAUUCAAAAUCGGUGAAACAGAAAACUGCCUUUUAGCACAGAAAAACAUCAACUUCAACUACAUCAAGAAACCGUUCAGAUUCAUAUUGGACUGCCACUCACACAUGGAGAGGAAGAAGGGAGAGAUAAUGAAGGUGUUCGUGAGAGCAGAGAAUUUGGAAAAUGAAGUGAUGAUUAGUCCUCUUCCAAUUGUUUACGUAUGCAGGGAUAGAGUUGGUCCUACUCCGUGCAGAUUUGUUGGAGUCACAAAGGUUGUUUUGUCUAAGGAAAAUAAUUAUUCGGCUGAGUUUAGCUGCGUGGCUUUCAAGUCCGGAAUUUACAGGAUUCCAGGAAUCUCAUUCUCUGGAAUUAAUAACCAUGAUUCUGGAACUGUAACUAUACAACAGGAUUUCAGAGUUACUAUUAUUUGA